AUGUGCUCCUUUGCGGCUCUUCCGCUCAAGUAUCCAUUGACUGGUCCGAGACUUUCGAAUGUCGAAUCGGCAGAAGUGCGCUCACGUUGCCAACAUUCCAUCGACCACUUCCAAGAGCUUUGGCUUCAGCGGAUUGAACUUGCUGAAAUCUUGAGCGGCAAGCUUCUCCCUCAUUUUGUUAACAUCUGGGAAAUCUCCAGGAGAAAUGUUGUGCUCGCGUUGAAGUUGCUCGUAGAUCUUGUCAAGAUUCUGAAUCAAUUCCUUCUUCUUCUUUUCCUUUCCGAUCAUCGAUGGCAUCUGCUUACGAAGCUCAGCAAUGAUAUAUGCGUGAACUUUGGCAAAGAGAGCGCGGAACUGCUUCUUGGCAUCGACGACGAGAGCGUUUCCAGGGAUACUUCCCUCCUCGUCACCGUGCAUAACCGCGAUGAAGCGGUCGGUGGUUGGCUCUGGGCCAAUACGGAUUCCGGGAAAGUCGGACUCGAGAAGGUAUCGGAUGAACGUCGUCUUUCCGGUCGAGUAUUGUCCAACAAGGAGAAUCAUCGGCUUCGCGUCGAAAUCCGGAUCAUCUGA